AUGGAUGACGGUUCGGAGAUCGUUGCAAAGCUCCCAAAUCCGAUGGCAGGGCCAGCUUAUUAUACAACGGCGUCGGAAGUAGCCACUCGCGAGUUUCUACGCGAUGUAUUGAAUAUUCCUACUCCUCGUAUCAUUUCCUGGUCUGCUGAUCGAAACAAUCCGGUUGGGGCAGAAUACAUCCUGGAGGAAAAGGCUCCAGGUAGGCCACUAGGCAGCCUCUGGUGUCAAUGGCCGAUGAAGUUCAAACUUGAAAUAAUGGAGCAGAUUGUGGAAAUAGAACAGCGGCUUGCGUCGACGAAGUUCGUGAAAUCCGGCUGCAUCUAUUUUAGGGAUGACAUUGCAGAGGAAAUGUCCAGUGAUAACGCCAUAAUAACCAGUAUGCCAUGGAAUUUGUCCUUACUCAAACGUUUUAAGUUAGGUCCCCUCGUUUUCAGCGACCCGUGGCGCGGUGAUAGGACACACAUGGGUAUGAAUCGAGGACCGUAUAACGGAUCGCUUGAAUUUAUAGAAGCUAUGGCUACAAACGAGAUGCGGUUUAUCAAAACGCAUGCCCGUCCUCGUAUGAAUUGCCAUCGAUCCUCUACGGAACCCGAGUUGCCCGAGGAAGUGCUCGAUCUCCUAGAUCGGUAUCUCCAACUCACUCCAGCCAUGGUACCUCCCGUAGGGACGGACGAUAUACACUCGCCAACACUUUGGCAUCCAGACCUCCAUCUUAAUAACCAAUCAGCGGCUGUUAUGCCGUUAUUUUACCAAUGUGGAAUCCCGAGAAUGAUUCAGCAUCGAGGGACAGUUGCUGAUGAUUGGACCUUGAUUAAGCUUCCAGAGGAUUAUGACAGCCUUGGUCGUAGCGAGAAGAAGAUCGACCAUGACCGAAUGAGCGAGACUUGCCAUAAAUAUCAUGAGGCUGAGACUAAGAGCAGAAAUCCAAGACAUUGGGCUGCUCUACAACUAGAAAAUUCCAACGUGAGAACACAACCGUCACGUCUUGCUGUGGAUGUAUGGGAGGAUCGCGAUGUAUUUUUCCUUCGGCGGGCUCUACUUUCAAUCGUCGAGCUGUGGCAGGACCUUUGUCCAGGGUCUGUUAUAUGUCCUGUAAGCUUCAGCGAGCAGGAACUUGCACUGCACGCGGCCGAGGAGGAGAGUAUGGCCGAUGUUGGUAAAAUAUUAAGACUUUUUCGAGACAAUUGGGGACUACUUCCAAAUGGGAUGGUAGAUCCAACUGAAUUUGACCAGAUACAUACUGCCGUAGCUGAGCUUAGGGAUUCCUUCAUUGGGGCUGCUGAUGAUGAGGCGGAAAGGGAACCCUUCGCAAGGUUAUGGCCGUACCAGGAUGCGGACAGCUAA